AUGACCAUAGAUCUCAUAUAUGAACCAGCAAAAGUGGAUGAUCUUGACGAAAUCACUGCCUUAGAAACAGCAUCGUAUCACCCUGAUGAAGCAGCCUCUCGUGAACAACUUGCCAACCGUAUCCAAUACGCCCUUACAUCCGAUGUCAACUUAUUCAUGGUUGCGCGUCGCUCACCCGAUCGUGAGCUUGUUGGCUAUGUUUGCAAUACACUUUCAAAGGACCCACUUGUCACUGAUGAAUCCAUGAAAACCCAUGACCCUGAAGGCAAAACGGUGUGCUUGCAUAGCGUGUGCGUAUCACCCAAUGCGCGUCGACAAAAAAUUGCAUCGCGUCUUAUGAAGCAUUGGAUCGAAAUCAUUCGUAACGAGAAACGGUAUCAGCGUAUUGCAUUGAUGAGUCGCCCCAAUCUCAUUCCUCUCUAUGAAUCUGUGGGGUUCAAGACACUUGGCAAAAGUUCGGUGGUGCAUGGACCUGACCCAUGGUAUGACGCCGUCAUUGACUUGUGA